CACGAUGAAUAUAAAAGCCUGUGUGUUUUAUGGUUCUUCAACUUUACAAAAAACGAUUCGGCUUCUCUACUGUUCCACUCUUCCUCUCACGUCGCAGCGACAAAUCAGCAUUGUGCCGUGCGUUCGUGACGAUUCUCUGACGCCGCCUCGGCCAUACCAGUAAGAGAAACCCCGUAAAAGCGAUGAAAAACCUAUAGACUGGACUCUCUAUUCAAGGUGAAGGCUAAUCCUGCAGCACGGCGAACGAAAUUCCACAAACAUAGGGAGAAAUCAACGCGAGGUUAGAACAUGGAGGUUCCUCAACUGGGACACGGCAUUACUAGCCCCGUAAGCCCGUGUGAGGACAUGAUCAAGAAUCUGAGUUUGGAGGCAAUUCAGCUAUGUGACAGAGAAGGUAAUAAAUCCCAAGACAGUGGGAUUGCAGAGAUGGAGGAACUUCCAGUUCCACAAAAUAUCAAAAUUAACAACAUCACAUGCGACUCUUUCAAGAUAUCCUGGGACAUGGACUCAAAAGCCAAGGAGCGAAUUACCCACUACUUCAUCGAUCUCAACAAGAAAGAGAACAAGAACUCCAACAAGUUUAAACACAAGGAUGUUCCGACGAAGCUGGUUGCCAAGGCGGUCCCUCUGCCCAUGACAGUGCGGGGGCAUUGGUUCCUGAGCCCACGCACGGAGUACACGGUCGCCGUGCAGACGGCCUCCAAGCAGAGCGACGGUGACUAUGCUGUGUCGGAGUGGAGCGAAAUCAUCGACUUCUGCACUGCAGACUAUUCCACCGUGCAUCUAACGCAGCUGCUGGAGAAAGCCGAGGUGAUUGCGGGAAGGAUGCUGAAAUUUUCUGUGUUCUAUCGCAACCAACACAAAGAAUAUUUUGACCAUGCCAGGGAGGCCCAGGACAACAAAAUGGUGCCCUCGGUGAAGGACAACAGCGGCAGCCACGGCUCCCCCAUCAGCGGCAAGCUGGAGGGCAUCUUCUUCAGCUGCAACACCGAGUUCAACACGGGCAAGCCGGCGCAGGACUCCCCCUACGGCCGGUACCGCUUCCAGAUCGCGGCCGAGACGCUCUUCAACCCAAAGACCAACCUCUACUUCGGGGACUUCUACUGCAUGUACACGGCCUACCACUACGUCAUCCUGGUGCUGGCGCCCGCCGGCUCGCCCGGCGACGACUUCUGCAAGCAGCGGCUGCCCGCGCUGGACCUGGCCGACAACCGCUUCCUGACCUGCGCCGUGGAGGAGGACGGGAGGCUGGCCUUCCACCACGCGCAGGACGUCAUCCUGGAGGUCAUCUACACCGACCCCGUGGACCUGGGCCUGGGGACGGUGGCCGAGAUCAGCGGCCACCAGCUCAUGAGCCUGUCCACCGUCAACGCCAAGAAGGACCCCAGCUGCAAGACCUGCAACAUCAGCGUGGGCCGCUAACCCCCCCGAGGAAACCCCGAGGAGCCCCCCAAACAGACCGUUUGACCCCUUUAAUGUUACAUCCGGCCUCGUUCCCAUCCUUUUCGCGGCAUGCUUUCACUGCUUUUUUUACCGGACGGUGGUCUCUCCCUUCGGCCCGUUUCAUCUUUUUUCUCAAAUCUAUUCUUGCUAGAUUUGUUGUGUUCCUGUUUUUUUUUUUGUUUUGUUUUUUUUCUAAUCUUUUUCGGGAGGUAUCUGUGAAGUCCCUGCCAGGGGAUAUGAUAACAAUGCUUUAUUUACCAAGCCCCCUGCCCCCACGCCCAACCCUGUCACCCUUUUCCUGGCUGUGUUGCUUGUAACAGACAUCUCUCCAACCUUAGAGCCGCAAUGUAAUAUUUUGCCAAAGGUAACAAAAUGAUCAAACUGCUGUAGUGAAUCAUUGAUAACAGCUUCUCAAAGGUAUUAUAAAUGAACAUUAAUGCUAUCUUGUAAUGAAAUCAAAUUACGGGAUAAUUCGUAAGAGCAUGAUGGGUUGUACCUGCAGCAUGAAUUUAAUAUUGAAAACCUUGAAAUGUCAGCACCUACACCUUGUUAUUCUGCAGUGUUACAUGUUAUUUAUUCCAGACAACAAAAACAUAGACUGUGUUUGAGCAUAAUAAAUGUGAUAGAAAAAUAUUUAUUUUUACCAUUGUAUAGAAAAUGAACAAAUCAAAAGUGCACAAUAUCAACAAUUCAGAUCAUAGCAAUGAGUCGAUUUUUGGGGGGAAAACACCUUCCAAGCAAAAACAAAAAAAAGGGAAAUGAAAUACAGACAUUGCCUGAAUUACGUGCACUAAUAAGCUAACAUACACAAGCCCUCUUUAAGACAAAAAGAGGUGUGUUAAUUUAACAGGGUGUUAGACCAUAACGAAUCAAAUUUGGGCCAUAGAAAACAGAACAUUCUCAACCACAUUGAUUGUAGCACAACAACUUAACAGUAUAAUAGUUAAUUGGCAUGCAGAGACACUCAUUGGGAACGGUUUAACGUUAUUCGCCAUUAUAUGUUAUAGAUACAUUUCCGUUGUAAUAAUUUAGAUUGUGGGUUUUCUGAACGACAAGCUUCUCAAGCAGAAUUGCACUUAACAGAAAGCAUCACGUGAGCAUAGCUUCUGUGCGCCCUUCAAUGUUUCGCAUAUUUCACAGUACGAAGUAUUAUACUAAUAAAAUGCUGCUCACAAAAAUCAUGACCAUAUUACAGCUACAUUCCAGAUAUUUAAAAAUAAAACUAUAAAAAUGCCCAGACUGUGAUGUAAAGAAUUAUCAAUUGUAUUUUAUGGACUUAUACAGCCUAUUUGGAAUGAGUGCUGAAAGAAUGCUUUUAAAAAGCAAGGCCUACCCCAUUUAUUAACAGACAGCAGACAGUUUAUUGUUAGCCUAAUUGAUUUUCAGGCUGUUUGUCUAUACAUAACUCAUUAUUUGGUCUCCAUAAAUGACAUGUUUAUUUUCUUCAGGCCAUUACUUGUUGAUAAGGGGGAUUCAAUACUGGCACCAAUUGAUGUUAUGGGAAGUGCUUAUUUUCUGGCAAGACUUAAUUGGUGUGGCCAGAACGAAUGAAUUUGAAUAGCAUUGAGGAAGAAGACAAUUUCCUAUGGUAGAGUAGCAAAUCUGAGCAUUUCAAUAUUGUAUUUUCGAUAUUAUCGAUUUAAAGUCAGUACUACUUAAGGAUACUAGAAUUAGACACCUUUUGAACUGCGACCCGAUCUGAUAAAGCUGCAUGUUAUUUUGGUUUUUAUUUAAAAAUAUAUAAAUAGUAAUAAUAAAGUGCCAUAUUUUAGCAUAGACGUGUAUACAUUUUUUCACACAAACAUCAGUUCUUUCUCUGGACCUUAAAAUACGUAGAGUAGCACUUAACAAUGGUUGCUACAUAGUGCAGUACGUUGCAUUCGUGUCACAAAGGGCAAGGGGAAUUUUGGGUUGUAUAGCAACAGCUGGCUAGCUUGCCAUCCUCAUAACUGUGUAGACCAAGAUGAUGGUUAUUAAAGUGCAUAAAAGUGUCAGUAUGGCACAACAAUGUCCAAUAUGAAACACUCAAGUUCAUGUCCUAGCAUUUCCUUUGAAGAAAAAAUAAAUAAAUAAAUAAAAAUGGAAAGGGUUUUCUCUCAGAUGGCCUUGGAGGGUUCUUGUUUACUGAGAAGGACUUCCAGCAAUCUGAGCUUAGCUUUUAGAUUCUUGUACUCGUGGUACUCCUCAGCCAUGGGGAUGCGGUCGUCUUUCUGUGCAGUCCUUGUGUAGAGGAGAAGAAAAACACAUUAAGCAGGGUCGUCCCUUUCCGUGCACACUGCUAUAACCCCUGUGUUGCCUUAUUAAACUAGUUUUGUACAUCGGUGGAAAAAAAAAAGUAUUUUAUUUUAAUCGAUGCAUUUACGAAAAAUAUUAUAUGUACAGAACAGCUGUCUGCCCCCCUUGGUCUGUCACUCUGUUGUAGUACUCAGUGGGUGUGUGCAUUACGCUGUUGUAUCAUUUCUGCUGACCAAGCUGACUACUUUUGUGGAUGUUAUUUUAUUUUCUUCUAUUAUUUUUUUCAGGCAAUGUUGAAAACAUAACCAUUCAUUAAAAGAAAAAAGCGAGAAAAAUAAA